AUGAGUGAGCACGGAUCUCGUCAUAAAGAAAGCAAGAAACGGUCUAGAAACGAUGAUGAAGACAGCGAACAUGCCGAUUCGCGAUUUGGGCAGCCAAAGAUCACGGCUGAUGAUUACUUUAAAAAAUCAUCAGAGUUUAGACUAUGGUUGAAGGAAAAGGAAGACCUGUAUUUCACUGAAUUAGACGCUUCGAAUGCUCGGAAGUGGUUUGACAAGUUUGUAAAGAAAUGGAAUCGAUCAAAGCUUUCUGAACGCUAUUAUCGAGGUAUUGCUUCUACAGAGCUACAUAGUUCCGACCAAACUCGAUACAAGUGGAAGCUCAAGAAUGUGGACGAGGAUCAAUUGAUGAGCGCCCGAGAUUCGGUCGACGACAUGACUCAAUCAACAAAAUACCUCAACAACACUGGUGGUGACGGCAGCAAUAGAGACGAUACGUCGAAACGAGUCAUGGGCAAGUUUCUAGCAUUUCAAAUCCAUGAAACGUCAUACAAGCCAAACGAGGAUAUGGACGAUGAAGACCGACUACGAUAUGAGAAGGGUAUGGCCAAAAAGGCCAAAAAGUCGGAACAAUCGACACAUCAGGCAGUGCUCGACGAGAUUGCUCCAAAAGCUACUGGCCGCGAUGCAAUUCUCGAUAAAAAGAAGAGCAUAACGGCGUAUCAUCGCCAAGAAAAAGACACCGAUCCCGAAUUCAAGGAAGAGUUCUUGAUGGGAUCUACAUCAUCCAGCUUCCAAGCCGCGGUUGCUGAACGUGAGAGAGCAAGGCAACGAAGGGACGGUUCUCGUCAAACAAAGACUGAAGAGAAGGCUGCUGUUGCUCAACAUGCCGUGUCGGCCUAUCGUCAAAAGGAGGACGCGACGAUAGCCAUGCUUAAGGCCAUGGCCGAAAACAUCCGCAAGUAA